CCCCUCCUCCGCUGCUCGCGCGCCCUCUUUUCCCGGCGUGCCCCGCGCCCGCGCUGUCUGUCUCUGGCCACGUCUCCGGGCCACGUCGCUCGGUGCCCGCUGAGCUCUCGCCAUCUUCGGUUGGCUCCCCGGCGCUGCCUUUCUCCCCCCCCCACCCCAGUCCCGCUCCGCCGCCAUGAACGUCUUCCGCCUCACCGGGGACCUGUCCCACUUGGCGGCCAUCAUCAUCCUGCUCCUCAAGAUCUGGAAGACCCGCUCCUGCGCCGGUAUAUCUGGGAAAAGCCAGCUUCUCUUUGCACUGGUCUUCACUACUCGUUACCUGGAUCUCUUCACUUCAUUCAUUUCAUUUUAUAACACUUCUAUGAAGCUCAUCUACAUUGCUUGUUCGUAUGCCACAGUCUACCUGAUCUACAUGAAAUUUAAGGCUACCUACGAUGGAAACCAUGAUACUUUCAGAGUGGAGUUCCUUGUGGUUCCAGUUGGUGGGCUGUCAUUCCUCGUCAAUCAUGACUUCUCUCCUCUGGAGAUCUUGUGGACCUUCUCCAUCUACCUGGAGUCAGUUGCUAUCCUCCCUCAACUUUUCAUGAUCAGUAAAACCGGAGAAGCAGAGACCAUCACCACCCACUACCUUUUCUUCUUGGGCCUCUACCGUGCCUUGUACCUUAUCAACUGGAUUUGGCGCUACUACUUUGAGGGGUUUUUCGAUCUCAUAGCCGUGGUGGCUGGCGUAGUCCAGACUAUUCUGUACUGUGACUUCUUCUAUUUGUAUGUUACAAAAGUACUCAAAGGAAAGAAGCUCAGUUUGCCAGCGUAAGUGCCAAAAUCCAGUCAUCAGCAUCUGUCAUUCUGGAUGCUUAGAACAAUCCUGACCACAAGCAAAAGGUGAAGAUGUUUGAGACAGAAAGUCCCCAAACCUUUUCUUGCAGAGGGUCAUCGGUGGGCUCUGUAGGAUCAGAGAACAGCCAGCUGACUUCUGUUUGAUGCAUCUUUGCCCUCUGUCUUUUUUUAUUACUAUGUAUAAAGAUUUUUUACAUAAAGAAACUUAAUACUGUGUGAAUUAAUUCAGUGUGUAGGUUCAAUUGGGAUAGUUCCAAAAGUGAGGAUUUUUUUUUGUGCGUGGUUGUUUAUGACCAGGAAUAAGUGCAAAUGCUUUUUAUUUUCCAAGGAUUCUUUUACAAUUACUGACUUUUCUUUGGGGCACACAGAUGUGUGCUGACCGAUGGAUGGUAACAAUUUUGAUUUCAGAUUCCAUUCCACUAUAUUUAUUUUUCCUCCAAAAGCUGAACAUUUUAGGUUGUCAAGAGAAGGGAAGACCAGAAAUGGGAGAGAAUGUUCAUAGUUGGGAUAUUGCCAUUUCAUCAGUUUUCUUUCAGCUGAGAUCCCCCCACCCCAUUUUUCCAAUAGGGAACUCCUCCUAUAGGGUCUGCCAGCACAUACCACCCUCUACCUCUGUUACCUUUUGAAGAUAUUCGCUUGGGAGUCUGCGGUGCCAAUGCAGGGUUCUUGAAUGUGGAGGGUUUAUUUGUAAGGCUAGCAGCAGACCCUUCUGGGGGUUUUUUUACAAGAUGAAACGGUUUCACAUUUUGUGGUUGCUUGAAGCCUCUUUUUCUUAACAAACAACAUUAACAACCAUUAAGGAUGAAUGCUGUGAUAGUUGUCCAACUUGAAGUACUCUAGAGAUGGCAGGUUUUUAAAACAAUGUCUGCAACUUUUUAAAAAUGAAUAACUUCAUGAGCAAUGUCCCUGUUUAGCUUCAAGUGUGAGUUUUGAAUGAUUUAGUGUAAUUUUUUUUAUAAACCUUAUUCCUGAAACAACAGCACCAAGUACUAUUCUUUCUCACCUUUGCAUUGAUUCUUUUUUAUUGAGCUGAUGCAUGACAACUUCUCGUGUGUUACCAUCCUAAAUAAACAUUUUAUGAAGUGGUA